CGUAGGCUUCUUCACAGUAACGCAAUUAAAACUAUUGAAAGCAAGGCUUUUGACGGACUUGCACUGGAGCAGUUGUGAGUAAAUUAACGAAUAGACUAGUUCCCUUUAGAGCUCUGAAAAGGAGAUAAAUAUCAUGAGCUGAACGUUUUCUUGUCUCUUCGGUCUAUGUUAGAAGAAAAAACAAACAUAUUUUAAAAAACCGCGCUGAUAUCGGAAGCUUUUACAAUGUCUAUCAAAUCGUUUCUUGUGUAAUGAGGAGAUAUUUUAUUUUCAGAACCAUCUUUGAUAAUCCUUUCAACUCGUUACCAGAUGGAAUUUUUGACAAAAUGACAAACCACACCAAAGUGUAAGUCAAGCCGUAUGGCUUAAACAGACAUCGUCUAAUAUUUUACUGGAAAUUGAAGUUAGUCGUAGACUCCUAGAUUAUGGGCACUUUAAGAUAUACUUUAUAUAUUCUCCGGCUAACCUGGAAACUUCGUACUGCUAAUUAAAUUCCAUAAGUUAUCAUAAUAAUUUCCAAAAGCGUUUUCAAACACACCUAAGAACACGAGACAAAAUGACGUAUAUUUACGAAAAGACGAGAGCACCCUUAACGUAGAAACAAACCUAUUAGUAUUAUCAUCAUCUUCAUCAUUCUUAUUAUCUUCGUCGUCGUUGACAUCUUCAUCAUUAUCGUUGCAGUUGUUGUGUUGUAGCUUUAUUGGUGUAGCCUAUCUAGAGUCGGUUUUCGUACCCUCAGUAGUUUUCACUUCCGAGUAAUUUGAGGGGAGGAGGGAAAUUAUCGGGUGAUGGUCUGUUAACUAAUCCGAGAGAAGAAGCAAAACCUCAAGUCACUCAAAGUUAUUGAAACCUGAGUUUGUUUUGGCGACGUGGGCCUUUUGACUAAUUACUAGUUACCACCAUUCUCAUAAUGAUCACAUUGUCUUUUACAUCCAAUCAGUUUCGAUUCAGGUCACUGACAUGUUUGUUUACAGGUCACUGACGUGUAAAAAUCUUCGCCAGCUGCCUCGGGGAAAAUAUGUGUCACAAAUGUAAGUAAGCCUAAACUUUUUUAUACACCCUACAGAAUCAGCUUCGACAUUUUCCAUUGAUGGACAUCUGCACUAUCGAUUAAGUAGCUUCUUUGACUUAAGAAAUUUAAUAUGUGUAGUUAUUAAAAGUUAGCCGUAGUAUAAGAAUAAAGGCUUUCUUAGUCUAGUCAUGAUACAUUGAAGGUCUUGAAAAUAGCUGAAGCGUUGUCUCUAAAAGACAACGUCGUCCAGUGCAAAUUCCCUGCCGGCUUCUGUUGCACCAAAAUUUCCAUGAAUCUUAACCGUUUUCAUAUUAUUUUCAUGAGGGUUUUAGUUUGAUUUCAAUAUUUUUGGGGAUUGCUCACUAGGCUGAAUUCAUCAGUGCGCACCUCGAAAGUGAGGCUGGUGGGGGGGGGGGGGGAAAUCGAAUCUGACUACGUAAACAUGCGUGGGGCCUUUUGAUUGGUAUGCAGCCUUGGUACCUGAGCUCAUAUGACAUGAAUCAAAAAUAUGGUAAAUGCGGGAAUUUUCUGAAGCAUACAUUUCGUACAGCGGUUUUAACUAUUUGCAUUUACUGGAUAUGAUCUCAAGGUUAGAGCAAAUUUGGUCCUGCCCUUCACUGGGUUUAAACCAUUUUCAAAUCCAAUGCUAGGUUACGGGUUAAUUGUGAUCUCAUUUCCAGGUCUCUUUUGGGGAAACUCAAAAUGUUUUUUCCACGCGAGUUUUUGAUUUAUUGUUAUUAUCCAAUCUUCAGUGAGUGUGCUCCCUCGACAUCUCUGUAUCUCAUCUUGGACAACGACCUUAGUAACUUCAGAUCUGGCUUUUCGCACUCAGGUUUUGUGUGCCACGACUGUACAACCCAACAUAGUUUUACACCUAAGUGUAAUAACUGCAGUCUCUGUCCAGUUGGUACCUACAUGUAUACUGAUGAAAAUCGCUGUCUAGAGUGUCCUGCAGGUAAUGAGAAUGAAAACCUAUUUCAUCGUUAAUUUAAAAAAUUAUAUAAACAGUAACAUAUAAGCGCCGUUUCUUCAAAGUAUCCAACAGCGCUUUAUAUCAUAAUACUGAAAGUUAUUUGAUAAAAUAAUAAACAAUAGGAUAUCAAUUAAAAAUGUAUUUCAAGGAAAGGUCUAAGCCACAUAAUUGAACUUUAUGAUAUGUCAAAUAUAAAUUCGUUUAAAAAGAAGAGCCUUAGGCUUAAAUUUAAACGGGAUCAACGACUUGAACCUCCUCAUAACCACUGGAGGAAAAAUCCAUAAUACUGGUGCAUUAUAUGAAUAAAGCUCUUUGACCAAACAACCGAAGACUGUAUUUUAGUGUUACGAGUAAAAUCUACAAGAGGAUGGCAAGGUUCUUAACGUUCCUGUGAGUAAAUAGGAGCCAUAUCAUUUGACGAUUUGAAAGUUAAAAGUAGAGUUUUAUAAUCACUCUGCUCGGCCACUGGUAGCAGGUGUAUCUUUCUCAACUUUCUCAAUAUGAUAACCAAAAGUAAACAACAAAAAAUAAUUUAAUGGUUGCGCAAACCAUAACAUUUAUAAAAAUGCUUCCAUUCUGUAAUUGUAUUUAAUGAUUGAAUCCCUCUUUGUUUUAUAAUAUGAUAUCUUCACAGGUGGCUUUUAUCAGGAUGAAAUGGGACAAAUUGAAUAUAAGAGAUGCAGUAAUGGUACAUUUGUUUCGGAAGAGCAAAGUCCUGGAACCAAAGCUGCCGACUGCGUAGCCUGUCCAUAUGGUAAGUGUAGUGUUCGCUUUCGGCAAAUUGCAAUUUUCUUCGAUUAAGAUACGCUUUGGGUGACACUGAGUUUUAAUAGAAGGACUGUCUCUAAUUGUAGUUUUUGUUGUUGCUAUUUAUUUUAGGCGAAAUGCAAAGAUAUCUUAUUUUAAAAAAGUAUCCAUUUACUUCGCCAGUGAAAUCUUAUUUUUUGAUUGACUCGGAGAAGAAACGAAAUGAAUCCCUGGAAAAGCCUUUUUAUGAAUGCUUUAUUAUCAUUGCUAAGAAAGGAAAUAUUUCUUCCCAGGUACGAUCUCCAACGAUACCGCUGAAUAUCGUGCAUGCAGAUGCCUACACAGCUUCUAUCGGUUGGAUCGUUUUGGUCCGUGCACAGCAUGUCCGCCAAACGGUUUUGUUUGUGAGAAAGAUACAGCAAUACUUGCUCCUAACUACUUCUGGAAAUGGACAGACCAGUCUGAAAAAGAACAUUUCAAGGAUUUUGUUAACAAUAUUCAUUCUUUUGGACCACACUACAACAAGUCAUAUUCCACGUUCGAUACUUCACUUCCGAAGCCACUGAAAUGUCCCCAUGCGAAGUCCUGCAAGGGUGGAAUUGAUUCAGAAUGCCAUCAAGGAUAUCAAGGGACUUUGUGUGCAACCUGCUCUGAAAGCUUCUAUUUUCGCUUCAACUCUUGUUUGAAAUGUCCCCGGUUAGCUGUAACAAUAAUCUCGUCCAUCUUGGUAAUUGUUCUUUUUGUUGCUGUGUUUCUGAUGGUUCUUUGGGGUGACUCUAAACGUGCAGACAAUAACCGGACAGUUGCAGAUGUCAUCAUGUCGUGCUUUAAGAUUGUGAUUGGUUUUUACCAAGUCAUUGCCGGUAUUUUCUCGGCAUUGGCGAAAGUCCAAUGGCCAGUCGCUUUGAUCUCAACGGAGAAGGUUCUAAAAGUAUUUGAAGGGAACAUUUUGCAGUUCGCCCCUCUUAGCUGCAUUCAUUCUUCUCUUCGGCUUGAUCAGCUUGGAAAGUUCACGAUGAUUGUUGUCAUGAAUGUCUCACUCGUUGGCCUGAUUUUCUUGUAUUUAUUUCUUAAAAAGCGCCACAUCGUGAAUAAGGAGGACCUUGGCGAAGACCUGAAAGUUAUGGAAGUUGAGAGUCUGAAGAAAUCUUGCUAUCGGAACAUUUUCCUAUUGUUGUUAACGACCUACCCCACGACGAGCAAAUCCAUCAUUCAGAUUCUUCCUCUUCCUGGUGCCUGUGUAGAGACUUGUUUCACUGACGACAAGAACGACUGCAUUUUCCUGCUGAGAGCUGACCACUCCAUCCAGUGCUUUACUCAUCGCCACAAUUUGUAUUGGCUCGUGGCGUCUAUUUUGGCAUUAUAUCCCGUCGGAUUUCCACUUUUGGUUCUGUUUCUCAGUCACAAGUAUCGCGAGUCCCAGGAAAACGAAGGAAUUUCUUUCGGACUCAGAGUGUUCCUUGAAAACUAUAAGAAGAAAUUUUGGUUUUGGGAAAUCACAGAGAUGUAUCGCAAGCUGAUUCUAAUCUCGUUGAUUUUUCUUUUUGGAUCAAAAAAUCUCUCUCAAAUCGGUCUUACAGUUCUGACAGUUAGUGUCUUUGGAGUUAUCUACACCUUAUUCCGACCAAUCAAGAAUAAGUUUGAAGACCGCUUGCAAACGUUUGUUCUUUGGAUCAUUUUCUUUGACGUUUGUCUUGGUGCAGUUUACACAAACUGGGAUGAGAGUCAAGGCGAGGGCAAGAACGACUCCAUCUUUGUAAACGUCCUGUUCGUGGUCCUCAACGCCUCUGUACUGUUGCUUGCCAUUGGUAAGUCAACAUGCUGCUUUGUUUUCGGUAUUGAAUGUGUAUUUUACUCAUUUGCCAAAUAAAUGAAGGAACGGUAGCUUGGAAUGUGGGGGUUUUCUCAAUCCCUCAGCUUUUUCGUUUUAACCGCAAUGAAAGUAUUAUGAUAAAAUCAUAAAGUAAACAUAUUCAGGUUAUUUAGGGUAUUCGACUCUCUAUAACACUGGCUCACACAAUUGUAACCUUAAAACAUAUCGCGAUGUUUGGUCAAUUCUUCUCGCAGCUUAACUUUUCCUGUAAGUGGAACUUUUAGACCUUAUAAUCCUGACAGCUGAGUUAUUUUCUCUAUUCAUGUCUCGUAGUGUUCCAACAUUAGAGUAUUGGUAGAAGACAGAAAACUUUGAGGUACAAAUAGAAUAUAAUGAAUAGUGAAAUCUUAGAAAGAAAUCCAAACCGCUGUGCUAACGAAAUGUCAACACUCAUUCUCAAAACGCCUCUUAGCGAGAGCGAAAACAAAGACAAAUUUCAGAAAAAAAGGGACACCUUACCGUUUUAAACGCUUUCGUGUAAAAUUUGAAUUACAUGUUUAAAUGAUGAAAUCCGUCUCUUUUUUCUACUUUGCAGGAAAAGGAAUUCUACAUGUGAAGUCCAUUUGGAAGUACAUUACCUUCAACCCGAUCCGAUGUUUCAUUUUCCUUAGCAAAGGAGUAUCACGUCUCAAAAAUAGAGUAGUCAGAAAAACAGGAACAUCCGAUGAAUUUUCACACUUAAUUGAAGAAAGCAACUGA